UUUUAGUAAAAUUUGGUAAAUAAAAACACCUUUAAUUAUUUCUGUGGAGAAUUGCUUGGAAUUUUGAUUUACUGCACAGGAAUGCAGACGCAGAGUGUCUUUCCCGCGCUCUUGUCAGAUUUUUUAUAGGGUUUUCCUAACCUCAAUUUAAAAAUCAUCAAAACAACUCCCGGUUUGCAGGAUAAAUUCUUGCAAAUUUUCCAUAAAAUUAUUAAUAAAUCAAGAAUUUUGCUGUUGAAUCUGGUAUUUAGUAAUGCAGAGUAUCAUUACAGGUCAGUUAAGACCACUGUCAUGUAGAAUUACCAAGAGAUUUUGUCGAUUUUUCUGUGAUUUUGGCUUCAAGCACACAUUCACAGAAGAGGAAGUCAGCAAAAUCCUCAAUGUUAUCAAUUCCAGCACCCCGGAAGCGCUGUCCAGAUACUCCAUUGCAAAGUUCCGUUUGCAGAGGAUUUUGGGCUGGAAGCAGCAGCAUGGUCAGUUUUCUUCCCUGAAUGAGAUCCUAGAGCUGGAUGAUUUUGGGGUGAAGGUACUUGAGAAGUUCUGUCAGAGCAUUGUGCAAGAUUCCAGCGAAGCAGGUGGUGGUAGAGAGGCUGCAGCUGUUCAGAAGACUUCCCAAAUUCUCACGCCAAAGCUCACGGAAGAGAAAAGGAACAAGGUAAGGUCUUUGUGCUCGGUACAGGUGGGUAUUGACAGUGUGUCAUGGUGUCGGAUGGAGCUGCAGGAUGAGGAGGAUCCUUCUAUUGUCACGCACUGGCAGUAUUUUUCGCUCAAUUCGAAGAAAUCCCAUCUCAGCGAUCUGACGCAGAUGAUAAUGCAUGUCAAUCAGCUAAUUCCGGAUACUGAUGCUUUUGUCCUGGAAACUCCAAUCACCAGGCAAGCCUCUCCGGCUGUCAAUGCCACGCAGAUCGCAGUGAAUGUCCGGCAAUCUCAAAUUAUUGCCAUGAUGACACUUAUUUUGUCGCUGAGGAGCCAGGAUUUCAAUCCCUGCGUCUUCUUCCUGAAAACCUACUUAGCUGCCCGGUUAUUUGGGACCUUGGUGGGAAAGGAACGCACCUCAAGUCUCAAUACCGUCAGCCAAAUCUUGGCCAGUGGAACUUCAAAUGAAGCUGCAGAUAAGAAAUCAGAGAUUGCUCCCAAAGGGAAAAUAAUUACAGAUCCGGACGUUUUGGCCAAAUACCAAGCAGCUGAUGGGGUUCAAAAAGAGUACAUGGGCAGGUGCCUGAUGCUUGGAGUCUGUUUCCUGCGUCUAUCCUUGCUCAAAUGCCCAACAAGUCUCUCCAUAGUCAACAGAAAAUCCAAAUAAAAUUCUGUACAAUAAUUUAAUUAGAGUUUAUCAACACCAAAA